AUGAAAAAUGUUUUCUUUUUAAUGCCUGAAGCUGAUAUAGAAACUUGUUGGAAUAGCUUGUAUCUCUUGCUAGAAAAACUUCAAAAACUCUGUCCCAUAACAGAUAUUCUUGUUGCAAGUAACAAAACAUUAGACCAAAGUUAUCCUAUGGUGCAAGAGUCGUCAAUAAUUUCAGGCCUUCUUGAUCCUUAUAACAAGCUUGCAAUAUAUGAAUUUGAGGAUCGUGAAACUGCAAUUAAUAUGCUUCAUCAAGUGUUUGAAAAGUAUAAAUCAGAUGAAAAAAAUAAGCCUUUACCAUCUGAGAUAACUACUACUAAAACAGCUCGAAAUUUCUUUUGUGGUCUUAUCACAAACCAUAUAGUCUAUUCAGAUCCUAAUGAAAUUAUAAAAUAUUUAGAAGAGCCAGAUACUGAAUAUCCUACAUUAUCUAAAAUUGCAAUGGAUUAUCUUACAAUUCAAUCAACCAGUGUGUCUUCUGAACAGGCAUUUUCUGUAGCCAAACAUAUUAUUUCUUUUACUCGCAAUCAUAUUGACGCUGAAACAGCACAUGCAUCAUUAUGCCUUAAAAACUGA